AUGACCAGGCAGAUAUCUCAAACUGCGUUGUCAGAUCUUGAGAGGCUCAAAAGGCUAAAAGAAGAGCUACUGAAGGGGCAGCACCCGUAUUACGAACCUGUUCCGCGACCCGACGUGCUUGAAAAUCUAUCUUUGGCCCAUAAUCCUCUCAUUCAGGAAGAUCCGUCUGCCGUUAAGCUUGGUCCAAAUCACCACCCCCUUGGACUGCCGUUCCCCCAGGAAGAUGCCAUCAUGGCACAGGCUGUUGCUCAUGCAGAAAACGACGCAUCAUAUUCCCUUCAACGUACCGCCGCCUCUCCAGUAGGGGCCUAUUUUGAGGCCGCCAAAGCUGUGGAAAUGAGCGACGUGGAUUCCAAGCCAGCCAGUGACUCCACUGUCUCUCAUUCUGUUCGUAAUGGAUCUUCGGAAUCCUCACCGAGAGUGUCUCGCUUUGGUACACCGCCACUCCAAUCCCCGAAUUCUAGAGAAGUUGCUGUUGCAACUAUCGACAACUUGCGUUCGCAUCUUCGUCCAUCUCACACUCCUAACGUGGCCCAGCCUGAUAAGCCCCCAAUGCCCACGCCUCAAUCUAAUCCUCAGCCCGGUCACCAAAACGGAAGGCGCUCGUCUUCACCUUCUAUGUCCCGUGAGCCUGAAAAGCAAUGGCCUUCAGAAUCUCUUCUCGAACGGCCCGGCACCUCUUCCCCGGAGUCUCUUCAACAACGGCUCGACAAUCAGGACUCGACUUCAAAUGACGAAUUUCGUGUUUCAACCCCGACGCCUGUUCCCCAGGGCACCAGCGCGACCUUGCCUCCAAAAUAUGCUCUUACCAGACUUGUCUUGAAUCAUGAAUCAUCACCCCAAUCGUCGACUGUUGGUCAGCCUCCUGUCUUGCCAAAUAAGCCUCAAACGGAUCCUUCGCAAACCCAGAAAACACCCACAGACGCCUCACGGGACGAUCACCCGUUAUUUUUGAAACGGUCCGAAGUGAAAGCAUUGGAGGAGAGUGGCGAGAAAGUCUUCAAGGAUGAGACCGGGAAACGUUCUUUGGCCGACGCUCUGCGGACUUACUCAGCCAAUCAUGAUGUAUAUAUUCCAAAGGACUCUCCACUCAACUUUCGUGAAAAAUCCCCCGUAGACUUGAAGCGUAAUCACCUCCUGUCUCAGCCAAAACAGUCCCAGCUUCAGAGCCAUAUGUCACACUUCUUGCGCCCAUUGGAGGCGAGAAGACCCAAACGAGAUGCCCGGCGCGAUUCUGUCUCAGAUUUUCGGGAACGUUCUGACGGCACUUCCACCCAGCCGGAUAAAUUGCCUGCACCACGUCCAGAUUCUGUGGCCUCUAAGGCUGUUGACAUCACACGAGCAAGCACAGAUCGCCGCCUCGAUGUAGCUGUAUCUGCUGAAAGGGCUGUUCAGCGCUCUGAUAGUGGCAGGGACGAUUUUUCAUCGGAGCGACGUACCCAUGUUGACGACCGCCCCUAUUCUCGUGCGGGGCGCGAUGUGCACUUUCCGGCCCGUUCAAACAAGUCUCCGCCUCCUAAUCGCCAAGAUUAUCACCGCCGCGUUUGGCCUGACGAUGGGAAGAAUCGUGCUUCCGCAUAUGAUGCACUCCAUGAGCGGGACCAUACCAGGGGUAGAGACCUAAGUCUUCGGGCAUUCAAGGACCGUGACCGUGAUCGUGACUAUGCUACAACGUCCUCACCGGCCCAAUCGAGACCUAACGACUAUGAUGAGAGACGGAGCAGGUAUUCUCCCCUGCGUGGUACUUGGAGCAGAGAAGAUAGCUCAUAUACGCCCCUUCUUGGCCUCGCUCAACGGGUGAUCGCUAUGAGCCCCGUGAUUCUCUUGCUGGUGCUGUUGGACGAUAUCAACCUGACGAAGCCCUUCCUCGGUGGCGCUCGUUCAACAAUUCCAGAAAGCGAUGCAGCUAGAGCCGCCAAGCGUGCUCGCCUUGAAGAAGUAGAUCGAUCAUACCGACCUUAUUACGAUGAUAGAGGGGAUGAUCGUCUCUCUUUGUUCGGCGGUCGUGAUGUCGAAAGAGAUUGUCAACAACUCGAGAUUCGCGUGGAACACCGUAUGAACGUCGCCGUUCAAGGUCUCGCUCUCGCUCUCCCCUCCCCCGCCAAGCCUUCCGAUCACCUUCUCUCCAGAACCGUCGCGUUGAUUCUUGGCGAUCACGUUCAGGUUCCCCUCGGCCUUAUGAUUCUUGGAACCGCGACCGAGACCGCGACGAUUAUUACCAUGACCCAUACAACCGACGAUAAUGGACUUCAUUUAGCGAGUUCUACGCUUGCCGGUUGUUCUACAUCUAACUUGGAUUUUGGAUAA